AACAUAACCGAACAAAACUUCAGUUUUGCAGCUACACAAAUGAAUAACGAAAUAAAAAAAAUUUCUAUUUGAACUCUAGUUCACCAGUUUAGUCACUUUCAAAUAAUCAAACAUGUCUUAAUCCAAACCUCAACCUAAACUUCACAUUUUCAUAAGACAAUCAGACCCCAAAGCGAAGUAAACCCGUCAAUGCAAGACACGCCAACGAAGACGCCGCGGAAGAAGCGACGGCUUUCAUCCGCGUGGACGACACCACAAAGAUGGAAGGAAACACAUAACAAAAUAAAAAUAGAAGACUAAUGAGAGACUUGUUGCGUGGUCCCCAAUCAACGCUUUGUUUACCACACUCCACCAUUUUUUUAUCUUUUUUAUUUUUGGCUACGAGCUGAUCUGAAACCUAAAUCGUCCAGUCAUUAAUUGGACUACUGAAAUGUACCACCACCCUACUCAUUAUUUUUCCUAUUUUUGCAAGAAUAGGCGAAAUAGUAAUAGCUGGAUCAAUAUCGGAUCUACUAAAUGGAUGCAGCUAACAAAACAGCCUCUUAAAAUGACAACACUACUAUCAAAGUUGACCCGACUCAUUAUCAUCAUUCCUAAUGAAAGAAUCAACUAGUAUCUGUUACUCAUUGUACAAACUAGCUCGUGAUACACAAACUAAUAAAGGUCCUUUUCAAACUAAUGGAAAUGCAUUGUCUUGUGGACCACCUGCAGGGGGGAAAAAAAAAAGAGAAAAGUAGAUGGCUACAGGAAAGCGAAGCAAGCCAAAGGUCAUUUUCUUCCAGGUAAACAUCUUCAAUUACAACCUUAUCCUUGGAUUCCUCUCAUCCAUCUCAUUAGGUUACAAAAGCAAGUUUUUACCGAUGUUUCUUGCGGUCAGAGAUAAUUCAAUAGUGAUUCUACCAAAAACUCAUUGGAUCCUGUAAUGAGAGGGAUAUUCCAGUGCAAGAAAGUGACGCGCUUUUUGGUGGUGUCCAAAUCAUUAGCUAACCUUAUGUAAGUCAUUUAUACGACUAAAGAAAUAGAUAAUUACUAGUGGGAAAGGCUUACACUACACUUAAAAAAAGGACUCUCGUUCGUUUCCUACGGGACCCAUCAAUUUCUUCGACUCUUCCUAUCGAUCCGUCUCUCUAAAGUUCCUAAAACAAAUAAAUAGUAUACCAAACUAUUUAAUACCCACAUUCCACACUUCUAUUCAAUCAUCAAAACCCCACCCCUACUACAAAAGCAAAACCUAUCAUCAUCAACAUAGUUAAACACAAAGCAGCAAAGGAGAGGGAGGAAUAAAGCAGAGAAUAAGAGAGAGAAAGUAUAGAAGUAGAAUCAUACCUUCCACCGAGGCUUAAUUUGCUUGGUUUCUCCGAUAUCGAUCGCCCCCUCCAAUUUGGACAAAAGAAAGAGGGGAAAAAAGGGGAGCUUUUGUGAGAGGAAUGGAGGGAGAAAGAGAGCAGUCCCCUCCCUUUUGGACUCGUACUUCAUCAUCAUCUUCUUCUUCUUCUUCUUCUGCCUCUUCCUCCGGAAUAAGGCCGUGGAUACUGGUCCUCUUACUAUCCCUGUUCACCCUCUUAUUCCUCCCCUCCUUAUUCUCCUCCUCCUCCCUCCGCGGCCGCGGCCCCAGCCCCAGCCUCGCAUUCAGGAACGGCUGGGACGUCCUCAACCUCGCCCUCGUCGUGUUCGCGAUCCUCUGCGGCGUCCUCAGCCGCGGCGGUGGUGGCGGGGAGGAGAAUGGGAAUGAGAAUUCGCCGACGAGGAGGAGCGCCGGGGCGGGGGAGUGGGUCGGGUACGCGAACCCGACGACGGCACGGGCGAGACAGGGGGAGGCGGAACGGGCGGUGGGGAUCGGGCGGAUGAGGAGCAGUAGCUCGUACCCGGAUCUGAGGCACGAGGAGGAGGGGCCGGGGCCGGCGGGGUGGGGCGCGCAGUGGCGGUUCUACGACGAUGCGCAGCUGUAUCGGGGGCGGAGAUCGGAGUGGAAUAGGGAUGGGGAGAACGAGGAUGCGCUGCCCAAGACUAUUCCGGUGGACACCUUCGUGCUCCGGAGGAGGAGCCCGCCGAGAUCCCCAUCUCCGCCGCCGCCGCCACCGGAGGUGAGGAGGAAGAGGAGCGUCGAGAAGCUUCCUAUGAUGGUGGAGGAGGAGAGAGAACAAGAGCUUACAGUGGAAGAGGAGGCGCCGAGCCCCACGGCGGCGCCGCCGGCGCCUCCGCCGCCUCCGCCGCCGCCGGUGAUGAGGAGGAGGAGGAGGAGGACUAGGAGCGCCGAGAAGCUUCCGAAGAUGGCGGAGGCGGAGGAGAGAGAAGCAGCUCCGGUGGAAGAGAAGAAGCAUCGUACGCCACCUCCUCCUCCGCCGCCGCCGCCGCCAAUGGCGGAGGAGGAGGAGGAGGAGCGGCGGAGCCGUAGGAAGAGGAGCGGGAGCAUGGGCGGGGCGAAGGAUCUCGCCUCCGCCAUAGCUCUAUUCUACCAGAAGAAGAAGAAGAGAAGCACCAAAACGAAGAGGAAACAACG